AUGUCCUGGCCUGAAAAAGUACGGCGUAUAUCAGUGCAUAACACCCUGCAAAAUGCACAUCAUAGCCUGGUUGUCCCGAAACUCCGUUCUCUAUUCAUGUGUUGGGGCAUGGAUUCUGUAAAUGAAUCUUCUAAACUUAUCUUUUCUUCUGGCCACUCGCGGCUGCUUAACGUGUUAGACAUGCAAGAUGCAUCCUUGAAGAAAUUCCCAAAACAGGUAAGCAGCCUCUUCCUUUUAAAGUAUCUAAACUUGAGGAAUACCAAAUUAAAAAAUAUUCCAAGCUCUAUCAGGAAUCUCGGUUUCCUUGAGACAUUGGACCUUAAGAAAACUCAUGUCAGUAAAUUGCCAGUUGACAUUCUGGAGCUCAAAAGGCUCCGCCACCUCUUGGUUUAUCAUUAUGAAAAGGAGCCCAAUUCUAAUACUCACUUCAAAUAUGGUUUCAAGGCCAUGAAAAGAAUAGGAUGUCUACAGUCCUUACAAAAGCUCUGCUUCAUAGAGUCACACCAGCAUGGCAACCAUAUAAUGGAAGAACUUGGCCGGCUCCGACAACUAAGAAGGUUGGGCAUUAUAAAGUUCAGAACAAGAGACGGGAAGGCGCUAUGUUCUUCCAUUGAGAAGCUGAAGAACCUUCGAGCCUUUUCUGUGACUGCAGAACACAAAAAUGAGAUCAUUGAUAUGCAACACUUGACUUGCCCUCCUCAGUUUCUUCAACGGCUAUACUUGAGAGGACGUUUAGAGAAGCUCCCCAACUGGAUAUCUUCACUUCAAGGUUUGGUCAAGCUAUGUUUAAGGUGGAGCCGAUUAACUGGUGACCCACUUUUUACUCUCCAUCGUUUACCAAAUCUGGUGCAUCUUGAAUUCAUUCAGGCUUUUGAUGGAGAAAGCCUGGUAUUUGUGGCAGGAGGGUUUCAAAGGCUUAAGUUCUUGGGUCUAAAUAAGUUAGAGCGACUAAAAAGGGUAGUUGUGGAAAAGGGAGCACUGCCUUGUCUUGAAAAGCUAAUCGUUGGGUAUUGCGGAUUACAGCAGGUUCCAUCAGGCAUUGAAAAUCUAACUAUGCUUAAAUUACUGGUGUUUCAAAAGAUGCCUAGCAAUUUCAUAUCGUCACUUCAUCUUUUUUGUGGCGAAGAUAAUUGGAAGGAUUCGCACAUCCCGGAGGUUUACUUCACUGAUUCUGAAUAUGGCAUUACAGAUGAUGUUUACUCCUUAGAGAGUUUCAGAAAGGGACAAAACUUCCUGAGGCUUGACGCUGGAAUAAAGAGACAAAAGCAUGAAUGA